GCGACUCCCUGAGCCGGCCACGUGGUGCAGACGAGUAGAGGGCGGCGGGGAGGCGCAGCCUGAGGCCGGAGGAAGGAAAGGAGCCCGAAAGCGAAAGGAAAAUCGAGGCAGUAGCGUUCCCCCGCCCUUGCCAGGGCUGAGUCCCGGCGCCCAUGUGACCGGCAGACUCCAGUCAGCUGCUUCAUCCCCACCCGGGACCGCUCGCUGCGGUCGGGCGUCUGGAGCCGCGGCCAGGGCUUCCCGGCGGGGGCUGCGCCGAGGGAUGAGGGUCGGUUGCCACCGGGAGCUGCUGCUGUUGCUGCUGCUAGUGGUUGGGAUGCCUGCCUCCCUUGCAGGAUCCCAGCCCCAGCAGCAGCGCACGUGGCCUGUGCCCUACAGGCGUUUUGAUUACCGUCCGAAAACAGAUCCCUAUUGUCAAGCUCGUUACACUUUCUGUCCUACUGGCUGUCCCAUUCCAGUAAUGAAGAAUGAGGAUGUCAUUGAAGUCUAUCGAUUACAAGCUCCAGUGUGGGAAUUCAAAUAUGGGGAUCUGCUUGGACAUUUGAAUAUUAUGCAUGAUGCUGUUGGCUUCAAGAGUUCUCUAACUGGCAAAAAUUACACAAUGGAAUGGUAUGAACUCUUCCAGCUUGGGAACUGCACAUUUCCGCAUCUCCGGCCUGACAUGGAUGCACCGUUCUGGUGUAAUCAGGGAGCUGCCUGCUUUUAUGAAGGAAUAGAUGAUGUACACUGGAAGGAAAAUGGGACCUUGGUUCUGGUGACUGCUAUAUCAGGAACAAUGUUUAACCAAAUGGCAAAAUGGGUACAAUAUGACAACGAAACUGGGAUAUACUAUGAAACCUGGACAGUUCAAGCAAGUCCUGACAAGCAUGCGGUAGUGUGGUUUGAAUCUUAUGAAUGCUCGAAAUUUAUAUUAAGAACAUACCAGAAGUUGGCUGAUUUAGGGGCUAUAUUUAAUAAGAUACAAACAAAUUACACCAGCAUUACUUUGUUUACUGGAGAACCCAUUUAUUUGGGGAAUGAAACAUCUAUUUUUGGACCUCUAGGAAACAAGACAGUGGCUGCAGCCAUAAGAGAUUUCUACUAUCCGUUCAAACCUCCUCAGUCUGUUGAAGAGUUCUUCUUGAAUGUUUUAAAAAUAGUAGAUCAGGUUGUCUUGAACCACCAGUUUUACCUCUUUUACAACUUAGACUACUGGCUUUUACCUGUGAAGUCCCCUUACAUCAAAAUAACUUAUGAAGAGAUCCCUUUACCUAAUGAAGACAAUACACGGCUUGGUUUGUAAUUAUUUCAUUAGGUGUAGGUUGUAUGGCUAUUCAGUGACUCUUCUGCCCUGCCUUGGGUGAAGAAAGAGUCCCCUUUCUUGCUAGCAGCAUUACAGCCCCAGAAUUCUGAAGGGGUUUGGACCUGUCAUUGGCCACAUGGUUGCAAGUCAUCUGCUUCUUCUUAAAGAGAGGAGUCUACAGGAGCUGGUUACCAGCAGACACAGUGGAUUGCUAGCUUGACUCCAUCAAAGAUGUACCUUUUACUCAUUGGAACGCUGUACAUUUCAUAUUUGAAAGGAUGGAACUGGGACGAGUUGUCCUGGAACAUGAGGAAGUCAGCAGACAUGGAAAUGGGUUGAGAGCUGUUGGUAGAUUACAGCUGUCAUGCUGAUCACUCCUUUGUUAGAAGGUGAUGAUGGUGGUUUGUGUUUUGCUUUUGGACAGCCUGACACCUUACCAGAAUUACUAAAGAAAGCAUAGAUAAGGCUGGCUCCCCUCAGAUACAACUUAAGUCUCUUACACAAAUGAAAGAAGUAUUGGAAGUGACUAGCCAACACAAAUCAUGGUAGGGCCUAUAUGCUGUGGGGAGUGCCAGCGAGGCCAUAGCCCAACCACUUUUGGCCAGACUAGACGUGAGUGGCCAAGUCUCAGCUCCACUCACUCAUAAUGGAGAGGUAGCUGGGCCUGACAUGAGUGGUGCUGUGACCUUACACACAGGCUUUCAAUGCUAUUCACUCAGAUUGGACAGGAUGGGGAUCUAUGGGUCAAUGUGAUAACGCGUUGGGGGGGGGGGGGGGAUACCUGAGCAGGGGGAAAUCUCUGAUCCCCACCACAUACACACUUUAAGUGGUACACCAUGGCCCCUGCUAGGGACCUUCACCAUCAAAGAGCUACAGUAAUGAUUAUUUUCUUCUCAACUUAACCCAAAGUAAAUGAGAUUUUUCAGGUCAGUGCUUGAGAUUUGUUUCCACUUAAGCUUGCUGUUUGUGAAGGAAUUUGGCCAGCUGUGAUGCCUUCAAAAAUUCAUAUUCACAGAGUUGAAGGAAUAUGAAACAAAAGAGCAUUAUUCAUUUUUAUAAAAGAACCCACACCACCUUCAAGAAUAGGCGCAGAGUGGCUGUCAGAGUACUGCUAGAAGUCUUGAUGCAUCCUCUUACUACUUAAAUUCUAACAUACUUCUUUAAAAAGAGCCUGAUUUAGGCAUAAAUAAGAUAAGAUCACUAUCAAUGUACCAUAGUCCUAAGGACCACAGCACGUGUAUGGCUUUUUUAAAAGUAUUAUACUUACAUAUUUUUCAUAUGCAAGAGAUGGAUUCUCUUGUAGAGAGCUGUAGGAGCCAGAUUUAGCUAAAAUAUUAAUAAUCUUAAUUAUUUAACAUUUUUUAAAAGCAUUAAAGUUACUAGUGCUUUUUAAUAGCCUGCUUAAUAUGCAUGUCACUGACUACACAGGCUGCAGUGGACAGAUAUCCGCAUUAAAGGUACCAUUCCAGUUAGAGCAGUGAAGUAUUAAGUGGGAACAGAUCAUUACUUUGGGAUAUCCAGCAGUAGGGUCCUCUGCAGCUCUGAAUUUGCAAGUGACUGUAGAGAAGCUUUUAGUAAUGCUUUUUCAGCUGUAAUUCUUUAACAGCUAGGGCACUAUUUCCAGUCUAACACCUCACAGCUACAUUGUCUUCUUUAAGUGUGCAAAGUCUGACUAUGGUUCAAGGGAGUGAGCAGCUGAACACUUGGCUAUUGGUAACCUGCUGAGGUGACAGGUAUUGAUGGAAGAGGAAUAAUCACAUCUAAUUUGAGUUUGCAGUCUGUCUGUGUAGUACUAGGAUUUAAUGGUUGUAUUUUGUAUAAUUUAGAAUGAAAAAUAAAGCAUGUAUUGAUGUAUGAUAUGACCAUAUUCUGCCAGCCACCCUUUCUGAAACCAGAAACAAAUGGCCUAGUGUGCCAUUCGUAAAGAUGCAUCAGCCAGAAUCUUGUCUGAAGCUGAUUUCAAGGCAGUAAGAGACAUUUAGAGUCACCACUUUGUUGUAGGUUUAAAAUUAGCAUUUUUGAAAUAGGUAAAAGAAUGCAAUGAUUGUUUUCUCCUGCACUGCAAUUUGAUGUUCCUGUUCAAAUCAAUCCUGUUUUGUGUGUGAAUGAGAAAAGUGUGUGUUAGAAGAAAAGUGUGAAGGCCAUCACUGGACCAGAUGGUCUUGGGAGGAACCAAGAACAGAUGUAAAGGUGCCAGGAGAUUGCAACAUGCCCCUAUUGAGAUGUCAAAGGAGGGCAGAUUGAUAACUCUAAAGAUGAAGCAGGCACCUAUCACUCAGGACAAGAUAGCUGUGAUCAAAACCAGCAUGGGGUAACUCCCCAAGAGACUGAUGAAGGAACCAAGAUAAAGAUGAGAACAAUUUAAGAAAACAAGCACGUGUCAAACAGCAAUUGAAUACAGCAUGAUAAUGCAAAACUCAUUGGUCCUAAUGAAGAAAUAUUACUAUAUAAACAGGGUGCUUUGCCAUGAAACUUUGGAUUCAUCCUGCCAAGACUACCCCAGAGGAUCGUGUCGUGACCAACAGAACUCGGCUCCUCCCUACCCGUGAUCAACCUAACUGGCCGCUAGGUUGCUCCAGACUCUGGACUGGUAAUGAUAACAUCAACUGGUGGGACAGUGUGUGUGUCUGUGUGAUUGAAUGCAUAUGCUAAUUGUUGUAUCUCCAAUAAACACAGCAUAUUGUCUUUUCCCCUGAAAAA